AUGCUUCACAUCCCAUACGUUGCCGGAGGAUCAGUCCUCAUUGGCGCACUCUACAACCAGCUGUCUGGUGCUUUUGUCUACGGCCCCAUGUUUGGCCAAGUCUGGCUCGAUGCCAUGAACAAGGACAAGGGUGGUGAUAGCUGGAUGGACAAGAACGGCAAGGACAACAUGCCCGUCUUGAUGGCCAAGGAGUUUGCCCUGGGCUUGGGAAGGGCCUGGGUGACAGGAUUGCUGUUGAACUUGACGCAGGCGCGUACAAUGUCACAGGCUGCCCAGCUGGGAGCCUUCCUGUACUUUGGUGUUCAGGUCCCCACAAUCAUUUCCGAGGCGAUGUGGGAGAAGCGCUCUUGCGAUUUGCAAAAGUUCAAGUUGUUGAGCACCUUCUCUAGCACUAUCCUCCUCUCCUGCAUCAUGCACUGGUGGGGCACCGCCUAA